GAGCGCCGGCCAUGGGUCCCGGGGGCCGCCGUCGCCACGCUGCUCUUUGUAGUGAGUCUCCGGUCGGCCGGUCCGCGCCUCCCGCUCACACAGCCGCCUCACGGCCGCUCCGGAGCGAUACACCCGCACUCUAAACAAAUAUUUCCCCCAAGAAUAUUUGUAAAUAACAUCUGUCCUUAAAACGCAAAUUCGUUUACCACUUAAUCACGAACCGGACACUCGAUAAGUGCACAAAAUUAAAUUAUGAAGUGAACAAAGGAUUGUAUGACAGAAAGAAGCGAAGCAGGGCGGUGUCUGAUGUAGAAGCGGGAGCACGAUGGACCGCUGGGUGACGGCGGCGAGUGCCCUGCUGGCAUUCCUCCUCUACUACAACACCUUGGAUGCUGGCUUCGUUUACGAUGACAGGCGGGCGAUCCUCUCCAACCCGGACGUCAUCGGGCACACACCUAUAGAGGCUUUAUUCGAAAACGAUUUCUGGGGAACACCGCUCACAGACCCCGGUUCACACGGUUCCUAUAGACCGCUGUGCGUCGCUACAUAUCGACUCAACUACGCUUUUAGUGGGUUCAAGCCGUGGAGUUACCAUUUCCUGAACGUGCUGUUUCACUGCCUCGCGACGGCGUUGGUGGUUACCACUGCGAAGCGACUUCUCCCGAGACACUGCGCGAGGGUGGGCACAGCUGUCACCGGUCUGACCUUCGCGGCCCACCCCAUACACACAGAAGCCGUGGCAGGGGUCGUAGGGCGAGCCGACCUCGCCGCCUGUAACUUUUUUCUACUUAGUUUUCUCAUAUACACCGAACACAUUCGACUUCGAGAACGAAGCCAAAAGCGCAUAUGUCGACACGCUCUGAAGAAUCAAUUAGUUCGCCGACAUGUGACUGUUAGCGAACAGCCAUUCCGGCUGAGCUGUCACGGACUGAUGCAGCACAUUGUGACUAACUUCCGGAGGCUGCUGAAGGCAGGCCGAGUUGGACCGAUGAAAGUGUUGGACGCGUGUGAGGUGAAGGCGGACACGAUGAGAUUGAAGUGCCAGUACAGUGACAGUGCUAGUGAGGACUCCAGUGAGCUGUUGCAAUGGUUGACGUUGGCGGGAACUUUACUUUUUGCAGUCGCCGCCACAUUAUGUAAAGAGCCGGGCAUAAUGGUUCUGCCCCUUUGCAUACUCUACGACUUUCUGAAAGGCUCUCGUCAGGAAGAACCCUAUUCUAAGCAUCGGUGGAGAAGUGUGUGCGCGCUAAGUAUGGGCGGGUUCGCGUUGCUGUACUGGCGCCUGCGGCUGGCAGGCACUCCUUCGGCUUUCGCCGCCGCGGACAACCCUGCCUCGCGCGACCCUUCCAUACUCUCUAGAUUCUAUACCUUCACCUACCUCCCAGUUUUCAACUUCUUCCUCCUCCUUUACCCUUUCCAGCUCAGUUUUGACUGGUCGAUGGACUCUAUACCUAGAAUAUCGACAAUAUUCGACCCAAGAAACAUUUGUACGUUUAUUUUUUACGCUGUUUUAUCGAAAGUGACGUGGCGUGCUAUAGUGAAAGAGUUUAGCAAGCGCCAAGAAAAUUCAAUUAAAGAAAACAAAUAUUAUAAGAAACAGAACCUGAAAGUGAAACAAAAGUGGAAUUACAAUUACAAACAGUAUAAUAGGGGGCCGGACUGUGUAGAGAGGAAAAGCUACCACGCGCCUCACAAAGAGUGUACUUCGUCUAAAAAGCUGAUAUGUCCGUGUAAUGGAUGUAAGCAUGUGCUUACUGAGGAGCACACGAGUGCUUGUCGCGCUAUCAAUAACAAUAACAUUAUGAUGCACCAUUCAACGUGCGUGUGUCCGAAGUUCAAGAUUCAGCCGCCUCAUACGAGUGUGUACCGCAGCCCACAGGUGGCGCUGCUCAUGUCAGUGGCGUUCAUGGUUCUCCCGUUUGUGCCUGCCAGUAACCUUCUGUUCUACGUCGGCUUCGUGGUAGCGGAACGAGUGUUGUACUUACCCAGUGUCGGCAUAUGUUUGCUGCUAGGCUUAGGAGCUGGAACUCUUACCCAGAACUGGCAUCGCAGUGAAUCAAGAAGUAGAAUCUUCAUGCUAGCCCUCCUGGUCGCGUUAUCAGCAAUGUGUGGUUACACGUUGAGAAGAAACUUGGACUGGCGCGAUGAAGAGAGUCUCUUCAGGAGCGCGUUGCAUAUCAAUCCACCAAAAGCGUACGGCAACUUGGGCAGUGUCCUCACUGCUCAGGGGCGGACGGCGGAAGCGGAGGUGGCGUUCGAACGCGCGCUCAAACAUCGACCCAACAUGGCCGACGUUCACUACAACUUGGGAAUUCUGCUCCAAAACCAGAGACGCUACGGAGAGGCCAUCAAGAGUUUCGAGAGGGCAAUUUACUUUCGGCCUUCAAUGGCUCUGGCGUACGUUAAUCUGGGAGCGUCAUUAAUGGCGGACGGUCGGCUGGCGGAGGCGGCCAGUGCAUUGCGCGCAGGCUCACGGGCAGAGGGAGUGCGCGUGCGCGAUAGGCGAGAGCACGAUGCUGCGCGCGUCUCAGCCCUCGUACAACUUGCCGCACUACAUUCACAACGCGGGCACUGGCACAAAGCCCUUUCAGCCUACAAGGAGGCGCUACAGAUAUUACCCGAUUCGAAUGCGCCCCUGGUUGGGUGGACAAGACAUAGUGUCUUGUCUAUGGCCGGGGAGAUAUACGUGCAAUUACAGCAAUGGCCGCAGGCAGAGAACAGUAUACUAUCCGCGUUAGCCAUCGCGCCCCAUCAUGUCGGCACGCACCUUUCUCUAGCGCAAAUCCUCGCCAGAAAUUCGAGUAGAGCGAUGGAAGCGGAAAUGUGGUUCAAGAAGGCUCUCACAUUAGCACCUAACGAUCCUUCGGUGAGGGAUCAAUUCGGUAUGUUCCUAAGAUCGCAACGAAGGCUACGAGAAUCUGCAGAACAGUUAGUGGUAGCUGCGCGGUUGUCACCUAAAGAUGGCACUAGGGCGGCGUCGGCGGCGCGUGCGCUGCGAGACGCAAGGCGGUGUCGGUCGGCGGAGCGGUGGUACGCUAGAGCUGUGCAGUUGAAUCCUGAGGAUGCAGAAUACCACUCGAACCUCGGAGCGAUUCUGCAUUUGAAUGGUAAAUAUGACGCCGCGGCGACGUCGUACCGACGAGCGUUGCAGCUUCAGCCGAAUGAUGACAUCACAAUCACUAAUCUGAAGAGGGUGCGAGCACUCAUGAGUCAACGCAGAAAAUAACAAGUAAGGUACACAUCAACAUAGCUACAUAGAAUGUCAAUUGCCAAACAUGUAGGUAGAUACGGCACUUAUAAUUUCGUAAUUUAAUAACUUUUUUCACUCUCGAUUUAUUUAUUUAUAUUUACAUAAUUAUUAUUUCAAAUUUCGCAUUUGUUUAUUUUAAAGACUGACCUUCAAAGCUUUCACUUUUCAUGUUGUACGCAUUCGAUACAAUCAGGAAAUAUGUGAAAAAUACUGAAACUAUGAUCGAUGUGGCGGGCCACCUAUCAAAAGCGGCAAAAACUAAACGUCUAUCGCACAUGAUGACAGGUUUUUGUUUUUUAGCGACACAAAAAGUUCAGCCGAUGGAAUUUCGUUACAUGUACAACAUAAAACCGGAUGUUCAUGAAUAGAAUACAUAGUUAAGCGCUAAGAUAAAAUGAUUAUAUCAUCAAUAUCACUAAAAGAAAAUUAAGUACACGGGUAUAUUCAAUUAUAUUCAAGUUUAGAUUCUGACACGAUGAUGAAUUUAUAUCUAUUUCAUUAUUUAUCAUUCAUUAUGUAUCACAAUAACGUUCAUCACUGUCCUAUUUCGAAUCGCAAUCGAAGGGGAACGAUGUUAUAGUAGUAGUUAGAAAUUUAUUGUAAAUAGAUUUUUAAAUUAAAAAGACGAUUUUAUACACGUGUAAAUAGUCUAUUUUAAGUAUGUUAUAUCCCAUUGAAACUUGUAAAAACUUUUGGGAAUCAAUUUCUUUGUUUAAGCGUUAUGUUUUGUCUUCCAUGUUUCAAACUCAGUUGGUUUUUAAUGACAGACCGAAGGUUACUUAAAAUGUUGUUACAUGACUAGUCUAAAGUAUGUUUAUUUAUUUUUAUCAGUAUUCUCGCUGUUUUUUGUUACGAAGAAUAUUUAAUUCUAGGCCUAAGAACAUUUCUGACACUCGACCAAGUUUGUAAAAUUGGCUUCGUCUAUGUUUGAAAUUACGCACAAACUUUGUUGGAAGUUACACACGGCCUACGUUACAUUCUCUCCAACAGUAAAGGUUGUUCGUGAUUACUUACACUAAUUUAAUUUACCAUUCUAAUAAUUGGGUGAAUAUUUUGAAAGCGCCUUUUUACGUAAUACUAGUGACGUAUUUUUUUCUAAAUCGUAAAGUAAGGAUCUCUACACUACUUAAAUCGAUCGACCCGACAAAUCAGUAUUCAUUCAUUCAUUGGCCUUAUACGUCUGUUUCAGACGAUUCAUGACGUCAUUGCCUCGAAGAAAUGCACUUUCUUUCACAGUACAAUUACGCCACUUAAAUUAAGUAAAAAGGGCCUUUUAAACAAGUCACCUAAUGAAUAUCUUGCCAAUUUCCGGAGAGUUUAUGUCAAUUAUAUCGUUUUUUUUAUAUAAUAUUUCCGUUGUAUUUUUUAUUAUUAUCAUUCCUGUAAUUGGCAUGUUUAUUCAAUAAAAAGGUACUGUUAGUAUCAUAAUAUUUUCAUUGCAUCGCUAUAAACGAAUCUUGUGAUCGAAUACAAUUUAUUUUAAAUUAUAAAGUCUGAAACAUAUCUAUUUCAUGUUUAUGUAGAUAACAUUAAUUGUUAUUACGCAUUAUAUAAUGUAAUAUAUUACAAAAUAUGUUGUAUUUAACACUUAAGCGAAUGAUUGAUAUUAUCGUAAAUGAUAACUGACUUUAUAUUUCUAAAAAUCUUUAUUUUUUUGUCAUAAUUUUCUCACACCUGUGACAAUAAAAUAUGUAAAUUACGCUUUGUAGUAUAGAUAAAUGCCAAACAAUGAUUUCCCUUCUUUUUUGGAAGUAUAUGUAUCUACUCUAUGUACCUGUUAAAUUGAUUUACUCUGUUCUCCAGGAGCUACUUGGUCUUUCUUCUAAACGCAAUUAUAAUCUUCGUAAAAUGGUAUAUAUUCGAAAGAACCAACUUUUCAAUAAAUACGAGUAAGUCUACAGAAUUUCAGAACUAAUAAUACCUUAGUUAAGCUACAACUGUAAUCAUAUUGAUGACGUUAAUCGCGUUCAUCUAGUAACGAUUAUAUCUGAAGAAAUAAUAAAAUUAAAGUCUUAUAUUUCUAACGAUAUAAUUACUUAAUGCAAAAUGUUUGAUAUAUUUCAUGUACUAAGAAUUGAAUGCUUUAAUUUCUUUAAUGCAUACGACAUUAGCAACCAAUUUGUAAGCAUGCUAGGUGAAUAAUUUAUGAAGGAAUUGUAACCAUUAUUGUUUUUUAUUAUAAUAAUAUGAAUUGAAAGUAAAUAUUAAUUAUAAUUAUAUUUAUGGCGUUAACGCAAGUGAA